CAGCGCAGGAAACGGCAACAAGCUUAGCAAGGCUUCAUAUGCCGUUUAGAAGUCAGCUUGCCAGAGGUGAGGGCAUGUCCUUCUUGCUGAGAUGUAGAAAUACCUGGUUCUGGGAUUGAUGUUCAAGCUCUUCAAGAAGAAGCUCCGCUGUCUGGCAGUCACAGCGGUGAAUAAAAUGACUGGGACAAUAAAAUGGUGAGCGAGGAACUACAGCUCUAUGGUUCUUAAGCAUCAAGGAAUGUAAGUGAAGAGCUGAAAGUCAAGGACUGGAAAAUGAGUGCUUUCAAAAAGCACUACAGCCUUUCUCCCAGGUCCUUCAGAAGAUCGUUGUCGGAACAAGAUGCUGGCACUGCUGCCUUGGGGGACUACCAUUGGUACCACCAAAUGAAAGGCAAGAAGGUGAAUAAACACAUGAGUUCUGAGCCAGAGAAACCUCUUGGAGCGUACAGGUGGCAGGCACAUCCUCGGCUUCUCUGGAGGAUAAGCAAAAGGGAGCGCUUGUGCAGCCUGAAAGGGGAAUGCGAUGAUACAGGUCUUGCUGAGAAUUCUGCAAGUGUGGAUGCUACCAGUGCUGAUGAUCUCCACGAAGACCCAACAGAGACGCUUUUCCAGGCAAGGACUAGACCGUUUCGGGUUCCCUUCAACCGCUCUCUGUCUGAACCCGUGCCACACGAUGGAAACAGGAGUGCAAAGCCAUCCCUGCAAGCUGUGCAUUCAGUGGACUCUGAACAUCAGGGGUAUUUCAUCCGUAGCAUUUUCUCCUCUCUCUCGAGUGGCUUUUCAAAGAUAAUGAGUCGAAAAGAGGAGCCUGGCAGUGAGUCAGUAAAGGAAGGGAAGACAGACAAUGAUCCCAUUGAUCUGAGUACAGAUGUGAAAGGACCACCUACACACAGACUGUCCUGUGGCCAGUCCCCAUACACGGAGACGACAACAUGGGAGAGGAAAUACUGCAUCCUGACAGACAGCCAGCUGGUGCUGCUCAACAGGGAGAAAGAGGUGUCUCUCGAUGGGCUCCAGGAGGCGCCGGUGGAUGCCUCCAAGGGGCGCUGCCUGCGCCGCACGGUGAGCGUUCCCUCCGAGGGACAGUUUCCCGAGUACCCGCCAGAGGGCGCCACCAAGCUGGAGGUCCCAGCAGAGAGAUCUCCUCGCAGACGGAGCAUCUCCGGGACCAGCACCUCUGAGAAAACCAACUCCAUGGAUGCAUCGAACACGUCUCCUUUCAAAGUGCCAGGCUUCUUCAGUAAACGUCUGAAGGGGUCCAUCAAGAGGACGAAGAGUCAGUCGAAGCUGGACAGGAACACAAGUUUCCGUCUCCCAUCUCUCCGUAGUGCUGAUGACAGGUCACGUGGAUUGCCGAAGCUGAAAGAGUCUCGUUCCCAUGAGUCUCUCCUGAGUCCAGGCGGCGCCAUAGAGGCCCUGGAUCUCGGGUCAGAAGAAAACGUCUUUGUCAAACCACUUCACAGCAGUAUCCUUGGACAAGACUUCUGCUUUGAGGUAACCUACUCCAGUGGCAGUAAAUGCUUCAGUUGCUCCUCUGCAGCAGAGAGGGACAAGUGGAUGGAAAACCUACGCAGAACAGUGCAGCCGAAUAAGGACAAUUGCCGUCGAGCUGAAAAUGUGCUCCGUCUCUGGAUCAUUGAGGCAAAGGACCUGGCCCCUAAGAAGAAAUAUUUCUGUGAGCUGUGCCUUGACGACACUCUCUUUGCCCGCACCACCAGCAAAAUUAAAGCAGAUAACAUUUUCUGGGGGGAACACUUUGAGUUCUACGGUCUCCCACCUCUUCACAGCAUCACAGUUCAUAUCUACAAGGACGUGGAGAAGAAGAAGAAAAAGGACAAGAACAAUUACAUAGGCCUGGUCAACAUUCCUGUGACCAGCGUAACCGGACGCCAGUUUGUGGAAAAAUGGUACCCAGUCAGCACACCCACACCCAACAAAGGGAAAUCCGGGGGACCUUCCAUUCGGAUUAAGUCCCGUUAUCAGACCAUCACCAUCUUGCCCAUGGAGCAAUACAAAGAAUUUGCCGAGUUUAUUACCAGCAACUAUGCUAUGCUGUGCUCUGUGCUGGAACCAGUGAUCAGCGUAAGAAAUAAGGAAGAAAUGGCUUGCGCCUUGGUGCACAUUCUUCAGAGCACUGGGAGAGCUAAGGACUUUUUGACGGACUUGGUGAUGUCUGAGAUAGAUCGUUGUGGGGAGCACGAUGUCUUGAUCUUCAGGGAGAACACUCUUGCUACCAAAGCUGUUGAGGAAUACCUCAAGUUGGUAGGGCAGAAAUAUCUUCAUGAUGCACUAGGGGAGUUUAUCAAGGCUUUGUAUGAGUCAGAUGAAAACUGUGAAGUGGAUCCCAGCAAAUGUUCAUCCAGUGAAUUAACAGAUCAUCAGAGCAACCUGAAAAUGUGUUGUGAGCUGGCCUUCUGCAAGAUUAUCAAUUCCUACUGCGUGUUUCCUCGUGAGCUGAAGGAAGUAUUUGCAUCGUGGAAGCAGCAGUGCCUGAGCAAGGGCAAGCAGGACAUCAGUGAACGCCUGAUCAGUGCUUCCCUCUUCCUCCGCUUCCUCUGCCCCGCUAUCAUGUCCCCCAGCCUCUUCAACCUCAUGCAGGAGUAUCCUGACGACCGGACAUCUCGCACGCUCACGCUUAUUGCUAAAGUCAUUCAGAACCUCGCCAACUUUGCUAAGUUUGGUAAUAAGGAAGAAUAUAUGGCCUUCAUGAAUGAUUUUCUGGAACAUGAGUGGGGAGGAAUGAAGCGUUUUCUGCUGGAGAUCUCUAAUCCAGAUACAGUCUCAAACAUGCCCGGAUUUGAGGGUUACAUCGACCUGGGAAGAGAGCUCUCAGUUUUGCAUUCGCUCUUAUGGGAGGUUGUGUCCCAACUUGAUAAGGGUGAAAAUUCCUUCCUACAGGCGACCGUGGCAAAACUUGGACCUCUUCCUCGUGUUCUUGCUGAUAUCACCAAAUCAGUGACCAACCCUACACCAAUACAGCAGCAGCUGAGACGUUUCACCGAGCACAGCUCUAGUCCCAACGUCAGUGGUAGUCUCUCCUCAGGGCUUCAGAAGAUAUUUGAGGACCCCACUGAUGGUGACUUGCAUAAGCUGAAGUCUCCAACCCAGGACAAUGUAGAUGGUUAUUUCAGGGGCAAGACCCUGCUGUUGGUUCAGCAGGCGUCUACCCAGAGCAUGACUUAUUCAGACAAGGAUGAAAGAGAGAGCCUCUUGCCCAACGGACGUAGCAUCUCUCUCAUGGACCUCCAAGAUUCUCACACGGUUCACAGCGACCACGCUUCUGUAAUGCACGAUGUGCCUUUGCGCCUGGCUGGCAGCCAGCUCUCCAUCACGCAGGUGGCGAACAUCAAACAGCUGUGGGAAACCCAGAGCACACCCCAGAGUGCUCCCCAGGUGAGAAGGCCCCUGCACCCAGCUUUGAACCAACAGGGUAGUCUCCAGCCUCUGUCAUUCCAGAACCCAGUUUACCAUCUCAACAACCCAACCCCGGCAAUGCCGAAGGCCUCCGUGGAUUCCAGCCUGGAGAACUUGAGCACUGCCAGCUCCCGGAGCCGAAGCAACAGUGAAGAUUUCAAACUCAGCGGACCUAGCAACAGCAGCAUGGAGGACUUCACCAAGCGAAGCACGCAGAGCGAGGACUUCUCACGGCGCCACACGGUCCCUGACAAGCACGUCCCCAUUGCGCUGCCCCGACAGAACAGCAGCAGCCAGGCACAGAUCCGCAAAAUGGACCAAGCCGGGCUGGGCGCUAGGGCCAAAGCACCACAGUCGUUGCCACAUAGCACUUCCUUGCGGAGCACAGGCAGCAUGUCGGGAGUGUCGGGGGCCAUGGUGCCUGAGCCCGUUCAGAAUGGAAGCCGGUCCCGGCAGCAGUCCUCAUCCUCCAGAGAGAGCCCUGUCCCAAAGGUGAGGGCAAUUCAGAGGCAACAAACGCAGCAGGUUCAAUCACCUGUGGACUCUGCCACGAUGUCACCAGUGGAAAGGACAGCUGCCUGGGUUCUCAAUAAUGGACAGUAUGAAGAAGUAGAAGAUGACACAGAGCAGAAUCCAGAUGAAGUCAAACAUGCUGAGAAGUAUGAACAAGAGAUAGCGAAGCUGAAGGAGCGCCUGAAGGUGUCAAGUCGACGGCUGGAGGAGUACGAGCGGCGGCUCCUGGUGCAAGAGCAGCAAAUGCAGAAACUGCUGAUGGAGUACAAGUCCAGGCUGGAAGACAGUGAGGAGAGACUGCGCCGGCAACAGGAGGAGAAGGACAGCCAGAUGAAAAGUAUCAUUAGCAGACUUAUGGCAGUUGAAGAGGAGCUGAAGAAGGAUCAUGCGGAGAUGCAAGCUGUCAUCGAUGCAAAGCAGAAAAUUAUUGAUGCACAGGUCAUAAAUGGGGAUGAGAUAAUACAAACAGGAGAAGCGGAUUGUCUCGCUGGACUCUGCCAACACACGGCUAAUGAGUGCCCUGACGCAAGUGAAGGAGCGCUACAGCAUGCAAGUCCGCAAUGGCAUCUCCCCCACCAAUCCCACCAAGCUUUCCAUCACGGAGAAUGGUGAAUUCAAGAAUAGCAGCUGCUGACGGGGUGGAUGCUGCCAGCCAUCUCCCUGGAGAAGGGCGAGGGAGCAGACUCGAGAAACCUUCAAAACAGCACCCCUUCCCCCGACAAGUUUACAUAACGCUGCUAAUAAAUGGAAAAGUUAAUGAAGAACUCUGAAAGGCGGACUUUAAUUCCCCCCUCAAGGCCAGGAGAACCGGGCUCCCGAGAACAAGUCCUUCCAUAUCACUGUGUAAAUAGAGGGAGCUCUUGGGUCAUGUACAGAAAAUGCCGAUGUAAUACACCAAAAGGAAGUGAAUACUGUAGAUUUUUUUAAUUAUUGCUAUUUUUAUUUUUUUUUCUCUUGUUGAAAGCACUGCAGUCCUUGGUGGAGGAAGAGGGGAGUGUGAGUGCCUGUGUGUUGUGGGUGAGAGCGAGCUGCGCAGUGGGUUCCCUUAGACAGCAGCCGGAUAAAUCAGGCUGGUUGAUACAUGUACCUGAGUGGAGUGAGAUAGUAGCGAAAUAAGUUCUAUAAGAAAACUCAUCUGCUGGUUUUAUUCACCUCUUCUCUAGCUGUUCUUUAACCGAAUGCAAACUUGAUAGCAAAUGUUUUAUUAAGAAAAUUGUCUCUUGCUGGAUCCUGUACCUACCUUCAGUAGGACUCCGGCAAAGAAAAUCCAGUCCCUUUGAACAGGGUAGAACUUGGAGCAGCAGCUUGUUUCCUUGCAUUUGCACACAGCCAGGCUUCCCAUCAGACAGACAGAGGGAAUCUGCAGUUUUCCAAGGUAGGAUUCUUUCUUUUUUACCCCAGUUCUAAGGCAGUUUUGUAUUUUCUGUUUUGAGAAUUUACAGACCUGUAAAUACUUGUUUAAAAAUUUCUAUCCAACCCCUAUGCUCUGGCACCUGGAAUUCGUCUCUGCACUCCAUCAGGUCUGAGGAAAGGGCUAACAGAGGGGUGGCCGUGCCCAGCCAGGCAGGCUGCCGUAUGCACAAUUCCCUUUUUCCUAGAGCAUUUCUCUAUUUUAACUCAAUUUCACUAUUUCAGCCACUAGCUUAGCCAGUCUCUCACUCCAAUCAGAGAUACUUUCUGCAUGUUUGUGUUUAAAGAUGUUCCAUUUCCGUUGAAAUUUGCCUUUCCCUGGAUACUUUUUUUGAAGUUCUGUACACACUAGAUUUUUCUCAAGGAGUUUUGACUGAGCUUUCAUCUCCUAUUGCUUUCAGUUACAUUUCAUUGAACCACACUUGCAGGCUGUAUGUGAAUGCAUAUGCAAUUACAGAGUGACCUUGUGGAACAUAGUGACGUUCACAAAGGGAAAAAGAUUAACAAGAAAUGACACGGUAUUGUCAAUUCUCAUGAUUUCAACAAAUGCCACAAUAUCUACUCUGAGGGGUUUUUAAAUCCCUGAAUUAUAGACUCAAGUAAUAAGGUGUGAAUCUUCAUUUUCACAUCUUGGCAUACAUUUCUGGCCCCCAGACUUUCAAAGUAAAUAAAACUAUGGCAACUGCAACUGAAAUUUUGAAUUACAGGCAUAUGCUAAUAACAGUGACUGUCAUUAACCCUUCAAACAUGUUAUGGAGAUCAGAAAUUGGAAGAGUUGACUUCAAAAUAAGACCCUCAAGAGGGUGCCUUGGUGUGGGCUGUGUUUAGCAAACAGUUUAGGCUGCAACUAGGAACAAGUAAAUCUUACAGCCUGUGACGUUGGAGUGGGUCAGAGCUGAUGAUCUGAUUUAUCCUUUCUGGCCUCAGUUUCUGGAUCUCUAAAAUGGUACAACCUUAAAGAUUUAGGCAUUUCUAAGCUGAUUUCUUGACUUGCUGGUAGUGACCCAUGUGGCAUUGAACAUGAAGGAUUGACAGUACUGAGGACCCAAAUUCAGUGUUUGUUGUCAGGUUUGUUCUUUGAAAGUGAAUUGAUCUCACCUUGGUGGGCAAAUGUGGCUUGUGACACUAUGUUAACUGUUCUCCCUGAUUGCUGUGUUAUGAUACUUCAGUUAAAUGUCCUCACACAAUUAUGUUACGUUCAUUAACUAUGCAUUAAAUAGAGAGUCCCCCUCUCCUGCGCUGUAGGACACAUAAGAGAAGUGUCUACAAAUCUCUCCUAUCAAGGCCUUGGCUGUUACUUCACAUUGAGAGGAGACUUGUCUGCAGCAAGUUGGGAUUUAUAUUUAAUGCUUAGUCCUUUCAGAUCAAGGCUGCUCUGGCUGCUGGAAUGUGACUUGGUACCACUGGCGAAGGAGGAUCCUGGUCUGGUAGCUGAGUGAGCCAUGUCCGACGCCUGCCCCUGUGCUCUGCAUUUCCUCAGCAGUGAUUUCUUUUCCAUACUUUCCAAACCGUCUUCCAGCUUGGGGUCAUUGCUGGCCUCUGAUAUUUUCUUCCUCAAACUGUGCCUUUAAGUUUCUCCUCCUUUCCUCCUUCCUUCAUGCAUUGAAGCUGUAGGCAGUCUAUUGAGUUUGUAUUAAUCUGUCUCGCCAGUAGCUCUCUCUUACAAGAAAGCUCUGCAAACCCCUUUUGGCUGAGUAUUUCUGUGAUUAGCAUCUGCCCUUUGCUAUGUACGGUAAUUCCACAGCUGUGUCGUGGAAAAUGUGUUCCCAAAAGGAGCCUUUCCAGAUGGGCACACGCGCUGCUCGCUUACUGUGCAGCACAGAUGGGGUGGGUGUUCUGUGAGUGAAUCUGAAAGCAAGUGGCUGUAGGGACUAGAACAAGGCAGAACAAGUCACUCUGAUAGCAUUUAGUGUGGUGUUCAUUUGGGAAAGGCAUUUCACUGGAGCUCCCCAGGUUUUUGGUCACCUGCCAGAGAUCACUGACUGAGCUGUGUAGUUCAUCCUGAAGGCUCUGAGGCAUCUGCUGGGUUUCCACAGAGAAAUUCGGUAAGGGAAACAUCUCAACCCAGAUUUUCAGAGGGGAAAUGAUGCCUCCCCUGAGGCUGAUAGAAUUUGGUGAGGUCUCCACUAAUGUACCAUUGUGAAUAAUGUACCUUCUGCCUAUUCUUAAGCUUGUAGAACGAAGUUACUGUUCAGAGUCUGACCCAUCAGUGCCAUCCUCACAGCUUGUUGCUAGGCUUGGUGGUUUCUCUUCUAUUUAAGUUCCUACCCUGCAGUGCAAAGCAUACUCCUCUGCCUCCUGCUGCAGAGGAAAAACUGCCUCUUGACCCAAAAGGGGGUGAAGGUUGCAGAUUCACAGUGUUGCAUGACUCAAAUUGAUGAGCUGCAGAACAGAACGCCCUGCUCCUGAGCCAUGCAGGCUGCUCUCUCUCCUCAUUUGCUACCAGGCAGCUUUCUGGAGACAUUUUAAGCUGCUUCAAGUCAACAGUAUGUGAAAAUGCCAGCUUUUAUUUUGUCCAGUCUGAUAAAAUUUAAGUGGCAGCAAACCACGUGGCAGCCAAAAGGUCUGACUGUCUGCGAGCAGGAGCCUUUACCGGGCCAGACACACUUGGUUUGAUCGCAUUUGGCUUUCUGCAGCAGAGAGGAGAAGUCAAUAGUGCAAAGUCUUGAUGAUGUGUCAUAGAUGGGAAGUUUUGGUUCACACUUUGAGCAGAUGCAUUGGGCUGCGUCUCAUGCUGUUGCAAGGAGCUGCUGCUUGCAUCUGAAAAUGGCUGAAGCAGCACAGGAGGAAUGUAAUGGCCUGCAGGACUAACACUCGUGUUCCUGAGUGAAACAGGGAUGUUGUCCCAUCCUGGCAUCUCAGUUCUUGCUGGCCACGUUCCUCAGUACUGUUCUGGGAUGAUUCUUCCUGAAACACAAAGCCAGUCCAGCUUCCAGGCUUUCAGCAGGAGCUCACAGCCAGUGCGGCGGGCAGGGACGUGGAGCAGGGCUGUGCAGCUCUGAGGCUUGAGCGUGUGGGGAACAGAGGGAACCAGGGUGACACGGCGAGAAAAGACAGAGCACAACCUAGGAGUCUUAUCCUGUAAAUGCCCAUUCUUUGCAACUGUACGACUUCAGACCCUUUUUUUUUUUUUUUUUCAAGGGGAACUGAUUUUGUCUCCAGGAAUUACCAAGCGUUAUUUCCCUGGUGUGAUAGAAACGGGCAGCUGUGUGUAAAAGCAGGCUCAUCAGGCUACACAUUUGGCACCGUUCCUCUCCAGUGGAAUAACUCUUAAGCGGGGAAUCCAGACAAACAUGGAAAGGGAUGCGUUCAUUUUCUAGUUAGAGAAUUUGAGGUGUGUCCAGUAAUAAAUUCUGUAUUCACCUAAUAAGUCAUCCAAGAAAUGAAUUUUACUGUAUGCUUUAUGCUAUUGCUUUGGGUUGGUUUAGGCAUUUUUUUUUUACAUGAUUUAUUAAUUUCAUGUUUUAAUGCUUGCUUAAACCUACCAGCUUUUAACCUCAUCUGGAAACUCCAUGAUUGUUGUCCGUUGGUUUUGCAGCAGUGCCCGUGGGCCGUGUCAGUAUUUCUUCGCUAAAGUCAGCGUGUGUGUAUGGAUUCUGUUUGUGUUCUGUAACGUCCAUGUCUUUCGUGGAGAACAAUUCCUGUCCAGGUUGAACCAUUAAAUGUGUUUCCAUCUGUGACUGGUGUGGUCAGCCCCUGGCCUGCAGCUGAGGGUGACAGAGCAAAAAGGGUUAAAUUUCAGCCGAUGCUUUUAGGUGUUUCCUUCUUCACAGUAAAUUAACUCCCAUGAGCUGAGCGUGUCAUUACAGGUCAUGCCUGCCCGGAAUCCUACCUGUACAAAUAGAUUUUCUGUCUCAAGGGCCUUAAUGAGAGCGUUGCUACACAGAACUGUUUUUCGGUGAUAGCUCUAAAUAAUUUAUUUUUUAUUUCAACAGAGUACACCUUAAAAAGUAAUAAACUUGGUUUUCAAGCCGUAUUUUUAUGCUAGUAGCACUGGACUGUUUGGUCUCCGAGAUCCAUUUCUGCAUUUCAUUGCCUGGGUUUGUUCUAAAGAAGAUUUAUUUUUGUUCUGUGAAUAAUUUUUGAAGGUUCUUGUAAUAUGUACAGAUAUAGAUACAUUUGAGGUCUUUUAUUGAUAUUCCUACAAAGAAUACAAAUAAACUUUA